AUGUGGUUAUCCCUAGGCGUGUCAGCCCUCGUUUCAGUGGCUCUCGCGAUGCCAUUUGAUGUAAAAGAACAAAUUCAGCCAAUUACUCUAACCGCUUAUGAUGACAAUUUUGCGAGAAACUCGAUGUUACCUCUAUCAGGAGCUGCCUAUUCGAAAAAUCCACAACAAUGUCUCACGAAUGUCUUCAAGGGAACGUUGAAACGGCAAAUCGAGGUGAAAUGCGAUGGAUUCAAAGGUGAUACAUGCUCUGGUUUCACCGCUGUUCUUCCCACACAAAAAGCCAUUGUCAUCUCGUUUAGAGGUACUGAUGCUUUCUUGCAACUCAUUGAGGAGGUUGAUGACGGACUCUGGAAAGCAAAGGUUCCAUUCCCAGCCGGUGGAAAUGUAAAUCUUUACUUCUACAAUGCUUUUCUUGAUGUUUGGAAUGGUGGAAUGAAAGAUGACUUCUUGUCGCUUAAAAAUCAAUAUCCUGGAUACGCUCUAUGGGUAACCGGUCAUUCUUUGGGUGCUGCAAUGGCCUCUCUCUGUGCUGGGUACAUCGUUAGCGUUGGAUACUACGAUAAAAAUGCGGUUAAGCUUGUCACCGUCGGUCAACCGAGAAUCGGAGACUCCACCUGGGCGAAAUGGCACGAUGCAAAUGUUCCCUAUUCAGUGAGAGUUGUUCACUCACACGAUGUCGUUCCCCAUUUACCACUUGAAGACAUGGGCUACAGUCAUCAUAUGACUGAGGUUUUCUUCAAAGGUGACAUGAAAACAUCAUCCUCUUUUGUAGUUUGUGAAGCCGAUGAAUCGAAAUCAUGCUCUGACGGAAAUCUGACUGAUCUAUCAAUCACCGAUCAUCUUCAUUAUUAUGAGCAUGAUGUGAGUGGAUAUGGAGAAGCCGGAUGUACAGGGAAUAAAGUAGAAGAGAAGAAAGAGCAAAAACAAGAAGUGUUGAAGAGCAAAGGCCAGUUGAAUGCCCGAAAACUGAUUGAGGCUAUUCGAAGAAAAGUUCAUUUGAAAAAUAACAAGCAU